GAAAAAAAAAACAAAUUCAAAACCUAACUUCCCAACUUCUUCCUCGACAUUUCUCUCUGUUCUCUUACACCAUUAGAGAGCACUUGAGUACCAAACCAAAGAGAGAGAAAGAUCGAAAUUUGCUGGGAUUUGUGUAAAACAACUCGCAAUAGUUAGUCGAAGUAAAUCCCCACGAAAAGAUCGACAAUUUGGUCCAAAAAUCUGCAGUUUUCGCGAGUCCUACAAAAGUGGGUGCAAGGAGAGCAAAGGACUGGAAUUUGUGGCUUCAACUUCAUCAAAAUUGUGUCAAGGAUGGUCGCAAUUUGGUUGUUAUGUCAUUAUAAUGAUCGGAAUUUUGAUGUGAGGGUACAAGAUACUGAUGAAACGAACUACAUGGAUUUGGUUGAUGACUUGUUUGAUGAUUCUAUUAAGCAAGAUGUUCUGAUUCCCGAUUUAUUUAGAUUGUUUUAUGUUAAUCCUAGUACGAAUAAAAGAGUAGAAUUGUUGAAUGAUGUUGGUUUGAUGGGCAUGUGGGGUUUAUUUAAGCGCACAGAUACUGUGGAAAUAUGGAUAGAGAAGGCAAAUGAGAAGGAAACUUCAAUCCAAUUUAGGACUGCAGUUAAGAAAAGGAAGGAUAGGAAGGAAAGGAAGGCUGCAGAACUUAGAAGGAAAGCUGAGGAGUUUGAGAGGGAGAGGGAAGAGGAAAGGAGAAGGUUAGAAAGGGAGGCUGAGAUUCAAAGGGAUUUGGAGGAGCAAUUGGCAAACACAGUGGCAGUUGAGGUGCCUGUGUAUGAUGUUGAGGAUUUAAGCGUAGAGUACGUACGUGUUUACAGCUCACAACAUGCUGACUUCUUUUCCCCGGGAGAACAACAGCAACACCAACCCACAGAACAGCAGCAACAACAUCAAACAGAACACCAGCCAGAUCAGACACCCCCUCCUAACAGGGCUGAGUUAAACAAAGGGAGGGGUUUCAGAAUUUCCAGAAGUCAUGCUAAGAAGACGGGUGAGUUUGUUCCUAAGAAGAGGGGGGGAAGGCCUGCUGGUUCAAGGGUGAGGAAACCCACUGCAUACAAUGUGGAGGAAGAGGAGCAAUGGGAUGAUGAGAGUGAUGAUGAAAAUUUUGAGGAGAGUGAGAGUGAUAGUGAAACUGGUUUCAACUCCGACGAUUUCAUUGACGAAGAAAUUGAAGAAGAUGAAGAACAAGAUGUUCUUAAGGAGGUAAUUUCUGAGAGAAGUUUUGAGGAUCAUUUAGAUGGGAGUAAUAAGCUGGAUAAUUUGUAUGCAAAUGGGAAAGUUGUGGGAAGCAUGCCAUGGGGGACUAUCAAGUUGCAACCAUGGAUGAUAUUCCAAAGCAAGACACACUUCAUGGAGGUCUUUAGAGACUUCUGUAUUCAAGAGGGAUUUGCUGUGAGUGUUGAAAAGGCUGAUACAACCAGAUUCACUGCAAUGUGUCCGGUUGAGUCAUGCAAUUGGAGGAUCCAUGCCUGUGUGUUGUUGGAUGGGGUCAGUUGGGCCAUUAAAACUCUUGUCAGUGAGCACAAGUCUUGUGGGAGACUUGAGGAGAAUCCCAUGGUGACAUCUCAAUGGCUAUGCACCAAACUACUUCCUGACAUUGAAGCAAAUCCAGAAAUCCCAAUUAAGACACUUCAAAGAAAGGCAUUGGGGAUUUAUAGGGUACAAGUGAAACAGAGGUUGAUGUACAAGGUGAGAAGCCUCGGGAGGCAGCAAAUUUAUGGAGGUUUUGAUGAGUCAUAUGCCCUUUUACCAUCCUAUGCUGAAAUGAUCAAAUCUACCAAUCCUGGGAGUUAUGCCUUGGUCACUUGGACUGCAGAUUCUGGUAACGUGACACCCCGUUUCAAGGCUUGCUUUUUCUCCUUUGCUGCACAAGUUAGGGGUUUCUUAAGAGGUUGUAGGCCUAUCAUAGGCAUUGAUGGUGCACAUUUGAGUGGAUACUAUAAGGGAAUUCUCCUCACUGCAGUUGCUAUCGAUGGGAAUAAUGAGAUUUUUCCAUUAGCCUAUAGCAUUGUGAGUACGGAGAGUAUGGACACAUGGUCCUAUUUUUUCAGAAGUUUGAAGGCUUUGUUUGUUCAACAUGGGUGCCAGAGGGAUGACUGGACUUUUAUUAGUGACAGAAUGAGGGGAGUAGAAUCUGCUUUGUAUGAUGUUUUCCCCAAAUCAGUCAGGAGGGUCUGUGCUCAGCAUCUGUAUACCAACUGCAGACAAGCUGGAUACAGUGGCACAGCCUUCCAUGACUUGUUCUGGGUUGCUGCUGAUGCAUACAAUCCAUAUGUCUUCAACAAAGCCAUGGAAAAGAUUGGCAAACUCAUCCCAGAAGCAGUGGGAUAUCUUGACAAAGUGCCUGAACAGUGGUCCAGACACAAGUUUGAUGUUGGGGUCACUUGUGAUCACAACACCACCAACUUUGUGGAAUCCUUCAACGCGUGUACCAAACCCUUUAGGGAUCUUCCUGUUUUGUCACUUCUUGAAGAAAUAAGGUCUUGGUGCAUGACGAAGAUCGGGGCCAGAUUUGAUAAAGCUGUUGACAUUGGACCCGAUCAAUUGACGCCAUAUGCUACUAAGGAGCUUGAAGAGAGGAGUGCUGACUCGAGGUUCUGUUAUGCAACUAAUGCUGGGGGGGGUGAAUUUGAGGUUUUAGAUGGUCAUGUGAAGUUCCCUAUUAGGCUUGCUGCUAGAGUUUGUGGUUGUGGAAAAUGGCAAGGGUGUGGUAUACCUUGCAAGCAUGCUAUUAGGGUAAUAUACCAUCAAAGACUCAAUCCUACAGAUUUUGUUUCUCCUUACUUCAAAGGGGCAGCCUAUAAGCUCACAUACUCAGAGCAUAUUCACCCCAUGCCUGACUCAACACAGUGGCCUACAUUUGAGCUACCUAGGAUUCUUCCCCCACUAAUGAGAAGGGCAGCUGGCAGACCAGCCAAGCAGAGAAGAAGAGGUGCUCAUGAGAAGAAGAGGGGGAAAAGAAACACCACUGUCAAGUGUGGGAAAUGCAAGCAAAUUGGGCAUAACUCAAGAACCUGUAAAGGAGGUUCCACUGCAAAACAGAGGAAAGAAUCUGCUGCAGCUGCUGCUGGUUCUGCUGGUGCAUCAACAUCUGGUGCUAGGAAGAGGAAGGCUCCAACAUCUAAUGCAUCGAGCAGCAAGAAGUCCAAAGCUGCAUAACUAGAAGUAAGCUUAGGAUUCAGUUUAGUAUUUCUGUUUUAAAGCUUAGGUUUAUUUUGAAAAACAACUUAGGUUGUGGCACAUUUUGGCAUUUUUUUGUAAAGCUACCCACAACUUGAUGUUCGGUUUAUUUUGGAAACAAACUAUUUCAGUUACGAGUUCAAAGACUUGCAUAUUAUUGAUAAAUGAAAUUCAUGUGCUC